AUGGAGCGGAAGGUCGUGGCGGUGUGCGCGGUGGUCGGCUUCCUCGGCGUCCUCUCGGCGGCGCUCGGAUUCGCGGCGGAGGCCACCCGCGUCAAGGUGCGUCUCGCCGCAUCCCCUCUCUCCUGCACCGGCGCGGCGGCCGGGUAUGCUCUGCCCCGUUCCGUUCUUGAGUACAGUACGCCGGUUUCGGAUGUUCAAACAAGCGGUACUCCUGGUAAAUGCAUAUACCCAAGAACCCCAGCCUUAGCGCUUGGUUUAAUAUCUGCCGUCUCUCUUAUGCUCGCCCAGUCCAUCAUAAACACAGUCGCUGGUUGCUUCUGUUGUAAGAGGCAUCCUGUUCCCUCAGACACUAACUGGAGUGUAGCCCUGAUUUCAUUCAUCAUAUCCUGGUGUACUUUCAUUAUCGCAUUCCUUCUCCUGCUGACUGGAGCUGCCCUGAACGACCAGAGAGGCGAGGAGAACAUGUACUUUGGUAGCUUCUGCUACGUCGUGAAGCCAGGGGUCUUCUCCGGGGGAGCGGUGCUAGCCCUUGCCAGCGUGGCGCUGGCCAUAGUCUACUACGUCGCUCUGUCAUCGUCCAAGGGUCCUCCACCGAUGUUCGCAACCCCACAGAACCAUGGCAUCGCGAUGGGUCAGCCUGUGAUCCCGCAGCAGAGCAGUGAACCGGUGUUUGUCCACGAGGACACUUACAAUCGGCGGCAGCAGGUCUCGUGA